AAUGCCUCCGCCCGCUCCCCUCCCAUCCACGUGCCCACCGCGUCCGCCUCCCUCACGGUCACGGCCCACGGGCCGCCGCUCCCCACCUCGCCGCCCCUCCGCUCCCCUCUUUUAUUCCCCUCCCCCCUCGUCGCCAGCGGCCCCCGACUCGCAUCCAUCCAUCUCCAGCCACCGUAAGGGGAAAUUUGUCCAGACUUCUAGGGUUUCCUGAGAGAGAGAGAUCUGGGCGGGAGCCAUGGACGGGAAGCUGCCGCCGCCCAACCCCAACCUCCCGUACCGGGAGGACUGCUGGAGCGAGGGCGAGACGGCCGCCCUCGUCGACGCCUGGGGGUCGCGGUACAUCGACCUCAACCGCGGCAGCCUUCGCCAGCCGCAGUGGCGGGAGGUCGCCGACGCCGUCAACACGCGCCCGGGGGCCUCCGCGCGCCGCCGGCCCCCGCGCACCGACAUCCAGUGCAAGAACCGUGUCGAUACCCUCAAGAAGAAGUACAAGGCCGAGCGGGCGCGGGGCGGGCCAUCGCCCUGGCCCUUCUUCCGCCAGCUCGACGUCCUCGUCGGCCCGACCCUCUCCGCCGCCGCCGCCGCCAAGAAGCCCUCCCCGCCCCGCGCGCUUCCCAUGCUGAGGAGGCGCAUGUCGCCCUCUCGCUCCCCGUCGCCGCCCUCGCCAGCACCGCCGAUGGCGCUCCCCUUGCCCAACUACCGCCGCGGGUCCAACCUCCCGGCCGCUGACCUCUUCCAUAAGGCCGCCGCCGCUGCGGCCGCCGCGGAUUCCGACUCGGAAGAUGGCUACAACAACAACAUUAACUAUGACGACGACGAGGGCUCGCAGCAAUCGGCCUCGCGCUCAGUGUCGUCUCACUCUGGUGGUAACGGUCCUCCUGCUCUUGGAGGUGGCGGCAGCAACAAAAGGAAGAGGGGCGGGGCUGGAGGUUUUGGGGAGCUAGCGAUGGCAAUGGAGACAUUCGCUGAUAUGUAUGAGCGCAUGGAGGCUGCCAAGCAGAGACAUGCCGAGGAGAUGGAGAAGCAGCGGAUCAAGUUCCUCAAGGAUCUGGAGCUCAAGCGGAUGCAGGCUUUCGUGGACAUGCAGCUUCAACUUUCGAGGGUAAAGCACGCCAAGAAUGGUACCUCGGAGAUGCUUAUGUCUCUCGCUGCACUGCCGUUCCUCAGCAACCCUGCUUACCUCUGAUGUAAGACCUUAGAUUACUUGGAGUCAAGCAUGGUAUGGUGCUGCUCUUUGAUGAAGACAAAUCUAGGUUCAUUGGUAGUUUGGUGUAUAGGCUCUGGAGUCCGGUUGUGUAAAACAAUGCUUAUGUUCCAGCCAAGAGCUUGGUGUUGCCCGCGUUUUCUGGACUCUAAUUCCGUUGGCCUUUUGUCUCUUUUUGUUCCGCUGGGUUGUCAACAGAUAAUUUUAUUGUUCAGUUUUUGUUUCAGUUAACAUGAUUUAAAAGGUUUUCCAAAAAAACAUGAAUAUGAAUCAGUUUCAUCCAGCUGUUUUUUUUUUGUAAUGGCGGUUAUCCUGCAUUCAUUAAGAAGAAGAAAAUAGUUGCUUACUUGAUUAGCGAAAA